ACCAUCAUGGCGGCCGUCAAGAAGGGAUCGCAGAAAGAGCUGAUUGUAAUCACAGGUGUUUCAUAUGGUAUUGGCUAUGCGAUGACCAAAUGGUUCCAGUCAAAUGGACAUCAGGUUAUUGGAUGCUCCCGUUCAGCUGAUAAAAUCGAACAGCUUAACAAGGACUUUUGCUCAGCCACCAAACACAAGCAAUUCUUUGUGGUGGACAUCACAAGUGACCCAGACGUUAGAAAUUGGGCUGAGAAAGUCGUGUCGACAUUUGGGUCUCCAACUUUCCUUCUCAACAAUGCAGGACUCGUAAAUAGAAGCGCCAGUCUUUGGGAAGUUCCAGUAGAAGAGUUUGAUAAAGUAAUAGACGUAAAUAUCAAAGGAACUACCAAUGUAUUGAGGCAUUUUAUUCCUGCUAUGAUAGAAUCUAAAAGAGGGGUGAUAGUUAACUUUACAUCAGGUUGGGGUCGAUCUGUGUCACCUGAUGUGGCUCCUUAUUGUGCAACAAAGUGGGGCCUAGAGGGGCUCUCUAAGGCCCUGGCAAUGGAGCUUCCAGCCCCUCUGACAUGUGUACCCCUCAAUCCUGGAAUCAUAGACACACCAAUGUUGCAAACCACCUUUGGGCCUUCAAGGGCUUCGUUAUGUCAAUCUCCUGAGCAAUGGGCCGAAAAAGCUUGUCCAUAUAUCUUGUCAAUCGAUUACAGCCAUAAUGGAAAAAGUGUUACAGCCUCAUGAUUUUUUCAUAUGUUUUGCAAUGGAUUUUGGAAAUCCCAAUGUUUUUUUUGCUUCAUGUUGUUUGCUGCUUGUUGCUUACUAUGCUUGAAAUGUAUUAUGUAUAUUGACAUGUAAAUAAUGUCAGCACCAAAGAAAGAGUACUGGRAAAAUGUGCAGACAAAGUUUAGGAAAGUUCCAUAUUAUUGUGACCUUUCCCUGUUGGUAUUCUCAUUGCCAAUACAGGGUCUGGAAGGGGGGUCUGGACCCCAAAUCACUUGCUAUUUUUCCCCGAAAUCCCACAUCCUACAACAUUUUGCCAUUGAUGACCAUAAUUGUCAUAUCCAAAGGCAUUUGAAUUUUUAUUUUAGUUAUGUUUUCACUUUUUCCCAAAAAUCAGAAAGCAAAAUCCCAUCGAAUUCAGCAAUCCCAGAGUCACAGCCAAUGCCAAUCUCCUGAAUCACAUAGUUUCCCAAAUCCUGCAAUAUAUCUUAUCCCUUUCCCUGCCCAAGAAUGCCCUUUCAGACCCUACCCAUAGUACAUUUUGGGCUUGGUUUGCAACAUGGUUCAGCUCAGUUCAGUUCAGUUCAGUUUAUUUACACUUUUAACAAAAGGAGUURCAGAAUAAGAAAAGAUUAAUGACAAAUAGAGCUAUGGUACUUAAUUCGUGAAAUACAAACAAAAUAGUUAUUAACUAAUAGUCGCAAUUUAGUGCCUAUUUAGUCGAUAUCACUCAUCAAUCUAUACAUGAAUACACUGAGGAGACAUCAAAUACACAAGAAACAUGUUAGUCAUUUGUUCAUCAAUGCUAUGACUAUCAAUGACUAACAUGUUUCUUGUGUAUUUGAUGUCUCUUGUGUAUUCAUAUGUAGGUUGAUUCACUUGAGUGAUAUCGACUAAAAACGCACUAAAUUGCGACUAUUAGUUAAUAACUAUUUUGUUUUUAUUUUAUGGAUUAAGUACCAUCGCUUUAUUUWAAAAAAAGACCUAAUUAAAGAUAGUUUUAAAUAAUAAUGAAAAAGUGUGUAGUGGUCAAAGGAGCAUAGCUUUUGAGUUGAUCACUGAUGGAACAAAUCAUUCACCACCUUUUUAGUAUUAGCUGUAUACUUUAUGACAGUGUUGUGCAAUCUAAGUGCAUUACGACUGUUAACAACUACUGGCUGGCAGGAAAGGAACAACAAUGUUGUAUAAUAUAAUUAAAAACAAAUAAAGGCAAAAAUUCCCCAGCCCAGUAAACAUAAUGAAAAGUUUUCUCUGGCUUGUGCUCUUCUCCUGCUAACUUAUACUUAUGCAUUUAUCAAAGUGCUAUAUAAAGAUGUUGUUGUAGAGCACAUGCAGUAAAACCAUGAAAUAAAAACAAAGUUGAU